GCGCGAAACCAAACAACGAUACAAAUCCCUGCUUCCUACCGUCUUCAUCACAAGAAGAACCGAUAUUCUUUGUUGGCGGUCGGGAGUAUCUUAGAACUCUAUGCGUUAGUUACAUAAAGGAAGAUACUAUAUAAAUAUAUGGUGGAAUAAAAAUGUUUAAUUUGAAGAACCUUACGUAACUGUUUUAUGAAGAAUAUAAUGAAUUUUUAGUUAUUCUUCUAUUUUUUUUGAUUGGCAUUAUAAUUUAUUUAUUAAAAGAUAAUAUAGUGAGAAUGGAAAUUAACACGUGUUUCGUGAUUGGCUUGUGUUUAGUGACUUGUGUUAGAUUUACCUGUGGUCAAGAUCGAUGGUUUUGGUACCAGCAAGCAAAGUCCCAGCUCUUAAGAAACUUAGAUGAUGACCGAAAUUACAAUGUGGCUAAAAAUCUCAUUCUUUUUAUUGGAGAUGGAAUGGGAAUGACAACUGUGACCACAUCGCGGAUCCUAAGGGGUCAGAAGAAAGGGCAGACCGGAGAAGAAAGCGAACUAGCAUUUGAUAAAUUUGAAUACGUAGCUCUUUCGAAGACUUAUAACACUGACAGCCAAGUAGGAGAGUCGGGUGCUUGUGCAACUGCCUUGCUGUGCGGGGUCAAAGGUCGGUUCGAAACUGUCGGCUUGGACGAUGGCGGACGUUACGAGAAAUGCCAAAGCAGUUUCCAAUCAAGAAUACCGUGUUUAGCAGACUGGGCUCAAGAUGAAGGAAAAUCCACUGGUCUUGUCACAACAACUCGUGUGACGCAUGCUACACCUGCUGCUAUGUAUGGUCACUCGGCGAGUAGAUAUUGGGAGAGUGACGAUAAAAUACCUCCAGAGGCAAGGAACUCUUGUAAGGACAUAGCUCGCCAACUCGUCGAAAACUCUCCUGGCAGAAACAUCAAUGUUAUAUUGGGAGGGGGUCGACGUCAUUUCUUACCUCGAAAAGAAAAUGAUCCUAAAAUUCAAACGGAUAUGGGUCGGAGAGAAGACGGUCGUAAUCUCAUCGACGAAUGGCUCAAGGAUAAGAAGACUCGAGAACUAGACUAUGAGUACGUUUACAGAAAAGAAGACUUCGACAAAGUGGACCCAGCAAAAACAGAUUAUCUCUUGGGCUUGUUCAAUCACGGGCAUAUGUCCUACGAAGUGGACAGGGACUCUGGCCCUGAUGGAGAACCCUCUUUAGCGGAAAUGACCAAGAAAGCCAUUGAGAUCCUUCGCAAAAAUCCAAGAGGGUACUUUUUGAUGGUCGAAGGCGGAAGAAUUGAUCAUUCUCAUCAUUUCAACAACGCCCAUCGUGCCCUGGUGGAUACUCUAGCACUAGAGGACGCUGUCAUGGUUGCUCUAGAAAUGACAAAACCAGAAGACACUUUAAUGGUGGUCACCUCUGACCACUCCCACGUAUUUUCUUUCGGUGGAUAUCCGAAGAGGGGUAACCCUGUAUUAGGUCUUGAUAAUAGAGAUUCGGACGUAGACGGCAUGCCUUACACUACGCUAUUAUACGCCAAUGGACCAGGAUAUAACCAUAAUUUUCCCACAGGAAGAGAAAAUUUAACGGGAAUGAAUACAGAGGAAAAGAAUUAUGUGCAACAAAGUGCUGUCCCGAGAAGAUGGGACACCCACGGAGGUGAAGAUGUCCCAGUAUAUGCUCAUGGACCAAUGGCGCACUUAUUUAGAGGCGUUCUGGAGCAAACAUACAUUCCCCAUGCUAUGGCCUACGCAGCAUGCAUCGGACCCCAAAGAGACGAUUGCGAAAGGCGGAGACACGCUUUCCAGCGUCAAGUUAUAGAAUGCCCUUCUCCAAGGACGAACGCGGGUUCGUCGCUACCACCACUUUCUUCGUACCUCUUUCUGUGGUUGCUUACAGCUCUGUUUAUCAACAAAAUCACGUGACAACCAACAUGUGUGAUAUAGGAAUGAAAACAAUCAUAGCCUUCAUAGCUGUUUUGUAGAUCAAAAUUAGUGCAAAACUGACGAAGCUGAACAAAUGGUACUAAUUUAUGUAUGUAAAGCGGCAGACGAAUUGUUGAAGCGAUUUUUAAAGCAAGAGUAAUUGAUAUAUUAAUGUAUUUUUUAUGAGGAACUGUAUAAAAAUAAACUCCAUAUCCAUAAUUAACAUUUCAAUCGAAUUUAGGAUAAACCCUCACAUGUACAUAUUUAUAAGAAAGUCUCAUCAAAGUUAAUGCGUCUUUUACAACAGCAACUGAACUGCUUAAAACAAAAUGGAGGAUUUAAAUGAUGUUGGAUUUUAUAGAGUUUAAAAAAUUUUCGGUUUGUUUUAAAAGGAAGUACCAAUUUGAAAAAUUUAAGAAAAAUUAUUAUAGCUUGUUUUUUGCCUUUUAAAAGAAAUGACUUUUGAAGGUUUUGUGAUAGGAUUAUUCGAUUUCAAAAAAUCAAAUACUUUGUUUAAAUUUUUAGAAGAAAGAAAAUUAGAAAGAAUAAGUCGAGUUGCUAGUGCGGAAAAUUUCGGAUCAAGUUAAAAGAACUUUCUUUUUUGAAAAAAAAAGAAGUUAAAAAAUUUCAUUUGGAUAGCUUUGUAUUCCAGUUAGUAUUUUGGUAAUAAAUCUCAAUAUUAAUAUUUAUUUUGCAAGAACGUCUAGAAACUGAAAGUAUCUUAAAGCAAACAAAAACUAAAUUAUUUUUUAAAAAUUUCAAACUGGUGCUGUCCCACAAUUCCUUGUCUUAAAAUGUUUACAAUGGAACCAAUGACAUGUGUCUGACUAAAACGGAUCUGUUGGAAAUGACCUCUAACAAUUAAAAAUCGAGUGUUCAUAAAGUUUACCAACUAAAAGUAGUUGAGUAAACUGAAGAUGUUCCAAUAUUUACGUUUUAGAAAGACAAUCAUUAUGGUAGUUUUGAAAACAGUUUCAUUAUUAUUAUAAUUAUUAUAUCAUAUUUAGCUUGUGACGUUAUGGUAAGAAUUUUUAUUUUAUUUAUUAUAUGAUAUUGUGAUAGAAAGGCUUUGAUUUAGACAACGGUAUCUAAAAGCUGGACUUUUAGAAAUAAUGCAUUUAACUUAUUAUCACAGAAUAUCAAAUAUUUCAGCUUCCGAGUCAUUUUAAUAAGAAACUUAACGCACUAAUUUAAGUAUGACAAUAUGAUAACUUUUUUUAUGCAAAAAUAAAAGUUAUACAAUUUUUACUAUAUCCGAAUUGAUUACUUUGUGACUUUUGUUUAAAAUAAAUACAAAACAAAAACUAGGUAAAAAAAAAAAUUCCCCAACGCUUUCGUUAUGAAAAUCAUUUAAGUCGCAAUUUUUAUUAUUAAAUUACUAAGUAAUAGUUAUUUUGAGUUAUCAAAAUAACUAGCAUGUUUGCAGAUGCGAAAUACAAAUUAAAAACGUAAAAAGCACAAAUAACCGAAAUUUGAAAACACGCAGCUGUUUCGAUGUUUAUUGACAAAACAAGUUCUGCGCCCAAACAAAGAGUUGUUUUGGAAGUUGUAUUGAGACAAUUAAAUGAGUUUAAUUUUUCUUAUAUGUUCCUCUCUAACAAUUAUAUUAAAUGCUUUACUCUUUUUCAUUAAAAAUUUUUUUUUGGAAGAAAUACUUCUCAGCUAUUGAAAACAGAUAUAGUGGCAUGGUUAGUUAUUUUUAGCCAAAAUUAAUGAAAGCCGCUUGAUUUGCACCAAAACCAACUAAAUUUAAACCAUUUUUUUUUCUUCACCUUUUUCCUUCACUUUAAAAUUUAAGUAUUUUCCAUAAGAUAAAUUAUCUUAAAACAAUCGACAACCAAGCAUAUUCAUUCUUCUUUAAAAUAUUUAACGAAAUUCAAAAAACUGGAUUCGCUUUCUUUUCAUGUCUCUCUGAUAAAACUUAUAAAUUUAGUUUUAACUAGUUUUGAAACCAAAUGUUUCGUUUUUCUGUACAGUGUUCAAAAUUUACAAUGUAAAAAAAUCUUUUAAAUUUACUGAAAAAAAAACUCUCAGCUGGUAUGCCUGCGUAAAAUCGUUAAUUUUACAGGAAAAUACUGUUAUUUAAAACCAGGCACCUGUUUUUAAGCAGAUAAGUACUGUUAUUUUAACAAACAAACUCGGUUAUUUAAAUAAAAGAAACUGUUAUUUUAACAAAACGAAACUCUACAAAGUAACUAUGUCAGCAUAGUUUGUGCAACCAGAGUCGCAUGACCAUUUAUCGCUGGUAUUCGAAUCCGGAUCAAGACCUCAUAAGAAACCGAGUGCUCUGUCUUCUGAGCCACGGUAGCCUUGGCGUUUGGUUUUUAAGCUAGAUCUUAAAUUGUCGUUAUCUUAAGCCUUACUUAAUAAAAUCAUAUUGAAGUGUAAAAACGUUUCAAACUACAUUUGCUCACCCUAUAUAAAAAUGUCUGUCAAUUUAACUUACCGAAAGAUCAUAUCCAAAGGCAGAUAAAAAUCAGAUAGAAUAUCCCAUUCGACAAUGAAGUCGAAUCUCAAUUUUAUUUAGAUGAUGUUCCAAACAAUAAAAUAAUUUCUGAAAAGUAAGAGCAAAGAAAAUAAUCGUAUAAUUAUUUGGAAAGUUGUAAAUUUAUGCUAUGGUAAGCAAAACUGCACAGCAAAAAUUGCAUCCGUUUAUGCAGGAACAUUAUGGAAAACAGAGAAAAAAAAUUUUUUAUGAAAAGCAGCUUCAAGCCGUCAAAAAUACGGAGAAAGUUUGUAAGAAAACGGGAAUUUUUGCAGUGCGCGGGUAACGUUUAAAAACAGAACAAAUACGUAUUUAUCUUCAAACAGUUUUUAUUCUAAAAAACAUUUGUGUAGACUCUACAUUUUUUUUUACUGUGUAUGUUCUCACAUGUUUUGUUUAGAUGUUAAAUUAUAAUUUUUAUUUAAUUUCAUCAAAAGUGUACGUUUGUUUAACCUUGAAAAAGACUGGAUACCAAAGUAAUCUUAACGUACAGAGUAAUCCAAAAUUAUCCUUCCAACUUUUAUAUGCAGUAACAUAUAAUAUAGAUAAGAUAGUUAAGUUCCGUUGUUUGUUUAAAUAACAAGAUAAGUUUUUCAAAACAUUUUUUGCCCACUUUUAGUUUACGGACAUGAACCUGAGGGAUUUUUUUUGUUACUGUUUGAUGAAGAAAAAAUUACAGUUUCAGUGUAAGAUUUUUUUAAAACAUAUUAAUAUAUCUUAAAUAAAUAAUCAGAAGAAGCUGAAACGGUAAAAUAUUGCUUAUUAAAACCUUAUUCGUUUCAAACAUAUACGAAAAUAUUAUGGUCUAUAGCAAUGUUUCCCAAAUUUAUGACUUUUGUGUACCCUUUCUAAAUUUUUAGUAACGCUGUGUACUACUAAUAAAAAAAAAUGAAUACAUUUUUAACUAUAAAAAAAU